AUGGACAAGGUUCAUGGUAGGAUUGGAGUAGGUGUGGUGGUAAGAGACAAUUCAGGCCACAUAAUUGCAACCAUGAGAACUAGCAAAGAGAUGUUUCCCAAUCCUCUACUUGCAGAGGCCUAUGGAGCACUACAAGCUAUCAAAUUUGGUCUUGAUCUUGGCCUACACCAGAUAAUUAUUGAAGUCAACUCACAGCAGGUUACAAAGGCACUUUCUAAUGACCAAGAAGGAGGCACAAGUGCUAGCAUGUUCGUCUGUGAAGCUAAGCAAUUACUUAGUAGUUUUGCCAAGUGGGAGGUUUCUCAUGUAAGGAGAAAUGGCAACCUUAUGGCUCACUUGUUAGCAAAAAAUUCACUCUCCAUUUCAGAUGUAAUUGUCACAAUGGAAGACAUUCCUCAAUGUAUUUCCUCUCUUUCUUAA